UAUUUUCACAUUUUCAUGGCAAUGUUAUGAAGAAAUCCCUCAGUAAUGAUUGUACAGGUAUCAGUAUUCUCAUGUCCAACAGGACUACAAAAACGGUAAGCUUAAAUGAACCCAAAAUACAAACUGAGAUUGAUGAUCAAAUUUUAAUUGUUUAUACUUUCAGGCCCUAUUUUGUAUAUUUUAUUAUUAGUGCACCAUGCAAAUGGUAGCAGAUAUUUAUGCAUCAUAUUUAAAAAAAAAAAAAAAAAAACAUUAAAUGAACAGCCUUGGAUUAGACAAGACAGAUAAAUGUGUUUGAUAAUAUGUGUAACGUAUUUGUACUUUGUACAGAAGAUUUUAUUUGAAGAAGCGCUGAAGAAAACAGUUGAGCAGUUUUACGGGAACUGAAUGAUUUGGCAGAAUCAGAGAGAUUAAACUGAAUAUUUUACCCAUGAUGGACUUCAUACAACUCAAGUGAUUAUUCAUUUGUCAUCACACACAACAAUCAAAGCACUCUUCAAGUUAAUUAGGUGCUGAGACCUAUGUUUCAGUAGAUAAAGAUGUGAAAAAGGUCUGCAGUCUAAAAAUAGUUUCAUUAAGUUUAAACUGGAGAUAAAAACAGUGCAAACAUCAGUGUAACAAUUCACUUGUUCUCAAUGGUUAUAUACAAAAUGCUAUAAAUCUUCAGGUGAUCAUAAUCAAACAAUCAAUCAACAUCACACACACCUAACAGCUAAAUUAAAGAAAUCUAUCAAACUAAAAGUGCGUAGUAAACCUCCCUUUGUGUGUGUGUGUGUGUGUGUGUGUGAUGAAUCGGUGGGAUGGACGGUCCACUCCCACAUUAAGAGGUGGAUACAGUACUGAUAUAAAUAGGUGGAUCAUUUUAUCACUGAUCAUAUCGUCAGAUUUAGCGAGUUCACUCUCAAGUCUGGAACAAUGUUUGUACGUGGAGUCAUCGUCCUUCUCUGUGUCCUAGUGACCGUAUCUGAUGGAGCGAGAGAGCCUAACUGCAAGCCUAACCCGUCUAACGUAUGCCCAAGGAUCUAUAAACCUGUGUGUGGAUCUGAUGAAAAAACAUACAGCAAUGAAUGCGAACUGUGUGUUGCCAACAAGGCAUCAAAGACUAAAAUCUUAAUCGAGAAGCAAGGCGAAUGUGAUCAACCUGUACAGCCUGAGCCUGACCCUAUCAUGUGCCCAGCGGUCUAUAAACCCGUGUGUGGAUCUGAUGGAAAAACAUACGGCAAUGAAUGCGAACUGUAUGCUGCCAACCAGGCGUCAAAGACCAAAGUCUUUAUCGUGAAGCAAGGCGAAUGUGAUCAACCUGUACAGCCUAACUGCAAGCCUAACCCGUCUAACGUAUGCCCAAAGAUCUAUAAACCUGUAUGUGGAUCUGAUGGGAAAACAUACAGCAAUGAAUGCAUGCUGUGUGUUGCCAACAAGGCAUCAAAGACUAAAAUCUUAAUCCAGAAGCAAGGUGAAUGUGAUCAACCUGUACAGCCUGAGCCUGACCCUAUCAUGUGCCCAAUGUACUAUUUACCCGUGUGUGGAUCUGAUGGAAAAACAUACGGCAAUGCAUGCAUGCUGUAUGCUGCCAACCAGGCGUCAAAGACCAAAGUCUUUAUCGUGAAGCAAGGCGAAUGUGAUCCACCUGUACAGCCUAACUGCAAGCCUAACCCAUCUAACAUAUGCCCACUGAACUAUUCACCCGUGUGUGGAUCUGAUGGGAAAACAUACAGCAAUGAAUGCAUGCUGUGUGCUGCCAUCAAGGCAUCAAAGACUAAAAUCUUAAUCCAGAAGCAAGGCGAAUGUGAUCAAACUCUAGGAGUGACACAGGAAUGGCACCAUAAUUCAACUUGACAGACCUUUAGUCAGAAUUAUUGUACUCGUGUCUCAUUCAUUAUAACCUGAAUGUGUAACGGUUUAAUCCUUAAAUAAAUGCAGCAUAUUGAAGCUGUUCUGUUUGGUUCUGUUUUCUCCCUCGAAUCUUGGAAAGACGAGACAAAAUUGAAGAUUUACUUUGAAGGAGGCACACAAACCAUAACUAGAGAGUAGAAUAUCACAAAGUGUGUGUAAGCUUUUGACACCCUGUUAAAAUCAUUUUCAGGUAGACUCAGUCAUCAGUUGGAAACGGGCGCUGUGGGAGAAUGAUCGAGCAGAUACAAAGACAGUGUAGUACCAUAACAUUCUCUAGUUUAUUAAGGAAGAAGGGUCAUAUUUAAAGCAAACAAUUAAUCUCACACACACCUAACAGCCAAACUAAACAAGUCUGUCAAAUGCAAGGUGCGUAGUAAACCUCCCUGUGUGUGUGUGUGUGUGUGUGUGAUGAAUCGGUGGGAUGGACGGUCCACUCCCACAUUAAGAGGUGGAUACAGUAUUGAUAUAAAUAGGUGGAUCAUUUUAUCACUGAUCAUAUUGUCAGAUUUAGCGAGUUCACUCUCAAGUCUGGAACAAUGUUUGUACGUGGAGUCAUCGUCCUUCUCUGUGUCCUAGUGGCCGUAUCUGAUGGAUUGCCUGAGCCUGGAUAUUGCCCAAAGAUCUAUUCACCCGUGUGUGGAUCCAAUGGAAUAACAUACGACAAUGCAUGCCUGCUGCAUACUGCCAACUUUGGAUCAGACACUAAAAUCGUUGUCGUGAAGCAAGGCAGAUGCGAUGAAGAUCUGCAGGAGUGACACAGGAACGGCACCACAAUUCAGCUUGACAGACCUUUAGUCAGCAUUAUUGUACUCGUGUCUCAUUCAUUAUAACCUGAAUGUGUAACGGUUUAAUCCUUAAAUAAAUGCAGCAUAUUGAA